AUGAACAAACCGUUGUUCAUGCGCAUUGUUGAUCGACUCUCUACCGAAGUUGACUUCUUUCGCCAAAAGACAGAUGGUCUAGGAAGGUUGGGGUUAUCAACACUCCAAAAGUGUACGGCAGCCAUUCGUCUAUUGGCAUAUGGUACUGCGGCGGAUACGGUAGACGAAUACCUCCGGCUCGGCGAAACUACAAGUCGAUCAUGUUUGGAGAAUUUCGUGGAAGGAAUCAUACAAUUAUUUGGCGAAGAGUACCUAAGAAGUCCAAGUCCAGCUGAUCUUCAACGUCUACUUGAUAUUGGAGAGUACCGUGGAUUUCCCGGGAUGAUAGGAAGCAUCGAUUGUACCUUAAAUGAUAUAAAUGUUCUUGAUCGCUCGCCUGUUUUUGAUGAUAUAAUAAAUGGUCAAGCUCCGCAAGUCACUUACUCUGUCAAUGGAAGAGAGUAUCACUUGGCUUACUAUCUCACCGAUGGUAUUUAUCCGAAAUGGGCAACUUUUAUCCAAUCUAUUUCGCUACCACAAGGACCGAAAGCAGUUUUAUUUGCUCAAAACCAGGAAGCUGUCCGAAAAGAUGUCGAGCGUGCUUUUGGAGUCUUGCAAGCUCGAUUUGCCAUCGUUAAAAAUCCAGCACUUUUUUGGGAUAAAGUCAAAAUUGGGAAGAUUAUGAGAGCAUGUAUCAUACUCCAUAAUAUGAUAGUUGAAAACGAACGAGAUGGAUACACGCAAUUUAAUCUUUCCGAGUUCCAACAUGCAGAAGACAACGGAAGUUCACAUGUGGAUCUCAACUAUUCAACAGAUAUCCCUUCAAAUAUCGCUAAUAUGAUGGGUGUUCGAACUAGAAUUCGUGAUAGAAGAAUGCAUGAACAACUGAAAGCUGAUUUGGUUGAACAUUUGUGGAGUAAAUUCGGAGGUGAUGAAGCCAACAAUUGA